AUGUACGAAUUUAGCUCUGCAUUCCUUUUCAAAAAAGAGCUCAUCCAGGAAUCAGAAGAUCCUUUCAAAACACAUUCAGCUACACAUGUCCUCAUCAAUGAAGUUAAUAGAAAACUUCCUAUAUACAGGAACCGAGACGGAUACAUUCAAUUCGAGGAUCGCGUCGAACACAUGCAUAGCGUCCUUGAACGACUCAUCAACUACCAAAAAUGUGUAAGUGGAGACUUGAAAGAAUUUAGAAGCCACCCGCGGCGAAACUUGGAAGGAUGGGACUUUAGAGACCUGGCGACAAAUCACGAUCCCCUUCAUUCUCGCGUAACGAUGCUAGCCCCUGAAGGCAAAGGAUGGGUUGACUUCGUCAGAGCUACACAUACAAUAACACUGUUUGGAAGCGGUUUUGGUGAUUUAAUUCAGACCACUCCAACAAAGAAUUGCAAGUACUGGUCUCGCCUUCCUGAAAAUAAAUACUACCUUGCAGUCGCCAUCCCCGAUUUGAGAAGAAUACUAGAAAUCCAUGGCAAAGAUAACGACAGAAGUGUUGAGAUCGCCGAAGAAAUUAUAUGGCACAGCCCUGGAGAGCUUUUUCCAUCUUGCCAAUGCAAAACCUCACUAACAAAAGACCAUUGCGAUCCGGUACAGACGCUUUUCCCCGCCAAACUGGCGGCCAUAUUACUGCCUAGGGAUUCUCUACCUUUGAAAAACCAUGGUGCUUUUAUCUUCGGAUACAAUCCUCUUUUCGAUUGGGUUUGGGGGGACACGGGCGAUCCUCAGGAGACGGGAAGUUCAGUGUCUCUACAACCUCUUAAGCAAGCGGUUAAUAACGACGAUACAAGGACAAAGUCGACACCGUCAACGAAAGUAUCGAUAAUGAAAAAUCCGUCAGUUCACCUCUCCAAAACAUUUCUGCCGUCUCAGACAAAUAGAAGAGCAACAAAAACUUGCGUCCAAAAGCAGUACACCGUUGGCAUAAUCUGCCCCAUGCCCAAAGAGCUUAUGGCUGUCCGGAUAUUGUUCGACGAAUACCACAAAGACGUAAAUACUGCAAAAGAAGACACCAACCACUAUACCCUGGGUCGAAUAGGAUGCCACAAUGUUGUGGCAACCUGUCUUCCGUCUGGAAUAUAUGGAACGAAUUCUGCUGCUGUUACAGCGUCGUGUAUGAAAUCCAGCUUUCCAAAAGUCAGGUUCUGCCUUUUAGUAGGCAUUGGGGGCGGCGUGUCUUCUGAUAAGAACGAUGUACGUUUGGGGGACGUUGUUGUCAGCCAUCCAGAACGCAGCUUGCCAGGGGUGAUCCAGUAUGAUCUUGGCAAGGCGCUUCAGAACAACGUUUUCGAGUUGACUGGUACAUUACGGCCGCCUCCGCAGGUCUUACUGAGUGCCAUUAGUCACCUAAAAUCAAAUCCAAAACCUGAUGGAUCUCUUAUCAAGUAUCUGAAGGACAUUGAGAAGCGCAGAAAGGAGUAUCGCCGCCCUAUUCAAGAUCAGGGUCAUUGUUUUGGGACGACAUCUGGAGACUCCACAGCGAAGAAAGCAUCUCUUAAUGAGGUCAGUAACGAAACGGGAAUUCGGCUUAGACCAAAUCACCCAGUGAUACAUUACGGGCUCAUCGCAUCUGGUAACCUCGUCAUCAAAGACAUGCUUACCAGAGAUCGACUGGCAAGCGAGUACGGCGCGAUUUGUUUUGAGAUGGAGGCAGCAGGUGUUAUGAAUGUGUUGCCGUGUCUAGUGAUUCGAGGAAUUUCUGACUAUGCAAACUCCCAGAAGAACGACAUUUGGCAAGAAUAUGCCGCAGCUGCCGCAGCUUCGUAUGCCAAAUUACUUCUAUGUGUGGUGAAGCCCGCUUGA